UAAGCGAAACAGUUACCGAACGACAUAUCUUCAUGAGUCAAAACGGAAGUAGGGAAGCAUAUUCAUGAUCUUUAGUCUAGAAGGAAGAAUUAACUGUUAAUUUAACAUAUAACGUUAGUCAGAGAAUAAACAAAUGAGGUUUGCAUGAGCUGGAACGACAAUUCUUCCACUGACUCCGACAGGCCCUCGGAAAGAAAGCCACUGAUGGACGGAUCUGUUGAAACAUACCGAAGGCAUCUGUACGAGGACAUUGGAUCUAAUGACACAGCAGCUGCUGCUGAAACUGGCCAGGCAGUUGAGAACCAUGACAGUGCAGUGACUACUCGUCCAACACGAGACAGAAGAUCCGCACAAAGGCGGUCAGCGCGGUCUAAUGAGGAGGAGGAUGACGACGACGACACACUACUGUACGGGGCUAAACAUGUCAUCAUGCUGUUUGUUCCCGUGUCCCUCUGUAUGGCUGUCGUGGUGGCUACUAUCAGCUCUGUAACCUUCUACACAGAUAAAGGAGGCUAUUUAGUAUACACUCCAUUCCAUGAUGGCGACAAAGCCGAUGCUGACACAGGAACGAAAGUCUGGCAGUCAUUGGCCAACGCUCUCAUUCUAUUGGCUGUUAUCUGUGUGAUGACUAUUGUGCUUCUACUGCUUUACAAAUUCAAAUGUUACAAGGUUAUACAUGGCUGGCUGAUUAUGUCAUCCUUAAUGCUUCUGUUUCUGUUUUCCUACAUUUACCUGGGGGUGGUGCUACAAGCCUAUAAUGUGGCUAUGGAUUACAUCACUGUGGCCCUUCUGAUGUGGAAUUUUGGGGUGGUGGGUAUGAUCUGUAUCCACUGGAAGGGACCAUUGUUUCUACAACAGGCGUAUCUCAUCGUUAUAUCAGCCCUGAUGGCCCUCAUCUUUAUUAAGUAUUUACCAGACUGGACCACGUGGGUGGUGCUAGGGGUCAUGGUUGUUUGGGAUUUAGUAGCAGUGCUUUGUCCUAAGGGUCCACUUAGAAUUUUAGUAGAAACAGCACAGGAGAGAAAUGAACCUAUAUUUCCAGCCCUUAUUUAUUCCUCCACUAUGAUUUGGUCUGUUGUUGGAAUGGCAGAAGAUGGAUCAGAUAAAAAGAAGAAAAAGAAGAAAUCCAAAAAAAAGGCACCAGCCGCCUCAGCUGAGCCAAAUCACUUAGAGGAGGAAGAAGAUGGGGGGUUUCCGGAGGAACGACCACCUAGACAUCUGUCUCAGAGCUCAGAGGAGACCGCUAGGGCUGUAAGAGCUGCCAGAACUCUGGGAGAUUCAGAUAAUGGGCAGCGAGGAAACACACAGAGAAAUCAGAAUACUGAGGAGGAAGACGAGGAAGAAAGAGGUGUGAAAUUGGGCCUUGGUGACUUCAUAUUCUAUGGCGUACUUGUUGGUAAAGCUUCCUCAAAUGGAGACUGGAACACCACCCUGGCCUGCUUUGUGGCUAUUCUUAUUGGAUUGUGUUUCACUCUUCUGCUCCUGGCUAUCUUCAGAAAAGCGCUGCCAGCUUUGCCUAUUUCCAUCACAUUUGGACUGAUUUUUAACUUCUCCACUAGUCUCCUGGUUCAGCCAUUUGCAGACAGCCUAUCUGCUUCUCAGGUGUACAUCUGAUGUCUGUGGGAGUGUUCAGGUGUACAUCUGAUGUCUGUGUCAGUCAGUGGGUGUAUAUCUGAUAUCCGUGACACAGAAAAGUGUCAGGUGGCACAGACUAAAAUACAUCAAUUAUUUUAAAACUUCAGCACUGUUAACAUUGUCAUGAUCUUGAACCAUACGAAACACUAUGUUUACCAUUUUUUGUGUGAUGUACAGUAUGUUGAAUUAGAUAUUGUGUCAUAUGUUAUUUAAAUGCUCUCUAAUUUUCAUUUAUUUUAUUUUUUAUUCAUUUAUUUUUGUUCUCUUUGUUUUGUUAUUUCCUCUGUAGUAAUUCAAUGUUUAUCCAGAUGAUUUUUGUAUAUGCAUCAUAAAAUGUUUAUCAAAUGAUUUUUGUAUUUACAUCAUUAAAGCAUUAAUGAAACUGAAAGUUUUGAAAAAAAGAUAAUAAAGUAUUUGUAACCUGUGUAAAA